AAAUCCUAACCCAAAUGGCAUCGCCGCAAUUUGAUUUCGUCGUUCUUCAUUUGUUUUCUAGUUCUUUUUCGUCGAGUCUCGCUCCAGUCGACGAAACACUUCGAAAACAUGUCGGAAAAGGAAGCUCCAAAGGUUCAGGCUCCCAGCAAGAGCCGUCCACGUUACGAUUUGGCCGUUGGUCUGAAGAAGGGUUUCAAGACUACCAAGAACCCCCAGAAGCCAAGGCCUUCACGCAGGAAGGGUAAACUCACUAAACACACCAAGUUCAUCCGCGACAUCGUCAAGGAAGUCGCUGGUCAUGCACCUUAUGAGAAGAGAGCCAUGGAAUUGCUCAAGAUCUCAAAGGAUAAGCGAGCCUUGAAGUUCUUGAAGCGCAGAUUGGGAACGCACUUGAGGGCCAAGAGGAAGCGUGAAGAAUUGGGUAAUGUUUUGACCCAGAUGAGGAAAGCCCAAGCCGCCAAGUAAAUUGUGUAUGUGUUAAAACAAUACAUAGGCUUGCAUUGUCA